CCGGCGGCGCGGCCGCGCCCCGCGGCCUCGCAGCGCGGCGCUUGGCGGCGCUGCUGGCUUGCGGCAUGGUCGCGGCCCAGUAUGGCUUCAUGCAGAUAUUCGGCACGUACAGCGAGGACCUCGCGGCUGCUACCGGGCUCUCGCCUGGAGCCGUGGGGGGCUUCUACGUCGUCGCGAACUGGGGCGCGUGCCUGAUGGCCUUCGUGCCUGGGCUCGUCUUCGACCUGUGCGGGGCGGCCUGGACGUCCGCCGCGGGCGGCGGGCUUGCGGCCGGCGGCGCGCUCGCCGCGGCGGCGGGCCUCGGCGUGGCCGGCCGGACGCUGGGCGGCGCCUGGGCGGCGCGCGCGGGCUACCUAGCCCUCGGCCUGGGCUCCAGCUUCCUGAACACCGUCUCCGUCCUCGGAGCGGUGCGCCUAGUGCCCGAGCGGCACGCGGGGAAGGCGUCGGCGUUCGUGCUGUGCUGUCUCGCGCUGGGCAUGAGCGCGCACUCGAUGGUGUACACGAGGUGGUUCCCCGGAGACCCUGUGGGCUUCCUCGUGUAUCAGGGCGCCUACAGCCUCGCCGCCGGCCUUCUGGGCCUCGCGCUCUUCGCUGCGCUUGGCAAGCCGCCAGUUGAAAAGGCGGCGCAGGGCGGCGGCGACGGCGCGGCGGCCGUGUGCGCGCGGCCCCGCAGCGUGCUGGACCGCGUGCGGGACUGCUGCCGCAACGCCCAGAUGCCCUGGCUGGCAGCCAUCUUCCUGGUGCCGCUCUCCUACUCCUUCGCGCUGCUGGGCAUGUGGUCCACCUGCGCGGCGCGGGUCGGCAUGGAGGCGGGCCUGCGGGCGCGGCUCGCCGUCGGCCUGGGCGCGUGCAGCGCGCUCGGCCGCAUCCUGCUGGGCGGCCUCUCGGACGUGGCGCCCGCUGGGCGGGAGCGGCUGGGGCGCGAGCUCUGCCUCGCCACCGGGCUCCUCGCCUUCCAGCUCGGCUUCGCGUGCCUGGAGUGGGACCAGGGGGCGAUGCUGGAGCCCGCCCUUCUGCUGCAGGCCUUCGGCUACGGGGGCGUAUUGGCGCUCGUGCCCGCCGCGCUGAGGGCCAGCUUCCCCGCGGAGGACCUGGGCGUGGUGUAUGGCCUGCUGUACCAGCUGCUGGCGGUCUCCUUCACGCUCUUCAACAGGGCCGCCGUGCCGGCGCCGGGUUGCCUCGGCCCCGCCUGCUUCGCGGGCUGGUUCCGCGCCGCGGGCCUGCUGAACGCCGGGUGCCUGGUGUGGUCGGCGCGCCGCUGCGCGGCAGCCUCGCGGCCCAGGGCGCCGUCGCCGUAGGCCACCGCGAGCUGACCGCCAAUCUGUGGAGGCAGCAGACGUGGACGGCCGGCCCAAUGUUCGAUGCGGUCGCUGGGUCACCCACAGCGGCGCUAAUGGGCAGCCAAGGCGCUGACGUGACGACCGCUUUGGGUUCGGAAGGGGUUCGCUGUUCCUUUUGUUAUUCCGUGGUUAUUCCUCCA